UUGUCUCAAUACAUAGUGAGAGUUGCAAAGAUUUGACAGACUACUCAGUCGUGAGAAAAAGAGAGAGAGAGAGAGAGAAAGAAUGGAGGCCUUCCCAGUUAUUAACAUGGAGAUGCUUAACGGCGAAGGGAGAGAAGCAGCCAUGGAGAAGCUCAGAAACGCUUGUGAGAACUGGGGCUUCUUUGAGGUGGUGAACCAUGGCAUCUCCCACGAGCUGAUGGACUCAGUGGAGAGGCUCACAAAGGAGCACUACAAGAAGUUCAUGGAGCAAAGGUUCAAGGAAAUGGUGGCAAGCAAAGGCCUUGAGGUUGUUCAGUCUGAGAUCAACGACUUGGACUGGGAAAGCACCUUCUUCUUGCGCCAUCUUCCUUCUUCCAACCUCUCAGAACUCCCUGAUCUUGAAGAUGAUUACAAGAAGGCAAUGAAGGAGUUUGCUGAGGACCUGGAGAAACUGGCGGAGCAGCUGCUGGACUACUUGUGUGAAAACCUAGGGCUGGAGAAAGGGUAUCUGAAGAAGGCUUUCUAUGGCUCCAAAGGUCCGACUUUUGGGACCAAGGUGAGCAACUAUCCACCAUGUCCAAGACCGGAGCUGAUAAAGGGGCUGAGAGCCCACACAGAUGCCGGUGGCAUCAUCUUGCUCUUCCAAGAUGACAAGGUCAGUGGCCUCCAGCUCCUCAAGGAUGGCCAGUGGGUCGAUGUCCCACCAUUGAAGCACUCCAUUGUCAUCAACAUUGGCGACCAACUUGAGGUAAUCACCAAUGGCAAAUACAAGAGCGUGAUGCACCGAGUGAUUGCGCAAACAGAUGGCAACAGAAUGUCCAUAGCCUCUUUCUACAACCCGGGCAGCGACGCAGUGAUUUAUCCAGCACCAGCCUUGGUGGAGAAAGAAGCCGAUCAUGAGCAGAAGCAAGUUUACCCCAAAUUUGUCUUCGAAGACUACAUGAAGCUCUAUGCUGGCCUGAAAUUCCAGGCCAAAGAGCCACGCUUUGAGGCCAUGAAAGCCAUGGAAACCCCUCUCAACUUGGGGCCAAUUGCCACAGUCUAAGCCAAGCCCUCUGUUAACUGGUCAGUGGCAGUACUUGAGAGUAACAAUAAGGCAGCCCAUCUGAUGGUAUUAAGAGAUUUCAACUUAUUGCGUGUUUAAUUGGGUAGUAGUGUGUGGACUGGAGGAGAAGAGUUGUGUUAAGUUUAGCGUUUGUCUUAGAGUUUCGUCAAGUGUUCGUAGUUGGUUGUGAUGGUGUCAACUGCGUAGUUGAUUGUAUAAAGUAACCAAAAACUUCUCCAUAUGAUGGGAAAUGAAAUUGGUAAUGGAAAGUUGUCUUCCUCUUC